GCAGUCAGUAUAUCAGUUUUAUGUUCAAUAUCCGAAUUUAAUCCCUUAGUCAAUAUUGCAAAGUAUCUGAAUUGCUUGACAGAAGUAGCUGCCCAGAUGGGAAAGUGGUUAGCGACUCUGACUGCCGUACCAAAGAACCUGAGUUUGAAUCCCAUUGAAGCUAAUGAAAUUCAAGAGAAUCCUGAGUGUGAAGAUCAGUCUAGAGAAAAUUACCUCUCAGAAAGGAGAUGGAAAUAUUUGAAACAAAAAUCAGUGCUUCUAAAUAUUGAAAACAUUCAGUCUGAAUUUACUGCUCAUAGAAAAAGAAUAUCCUCUAUCUGUGAUGACAAUUCAUUUCAAAUCGAAAAUGACUUAUCACAGACACAGAGUAAUCAUCCUUUAGAUUCAUAUCAUAGGACAAAACAGAAUGCUUCUGUACUUUUAAAAGUGAAAGAUAUUCAAGAAACAUUUUUGAAUGAUAGAUCUCUUAUUUCUUUCAAGCCAUUUUCAUCAGAGAAUUUGACUUUAUCAAGUGUUUCGAAUCUUGAGCAAAGAAAUGAGUAUAAAAUGAUAUUUUCUCAUCCUGGUAAAUUUAGUGAUUUUUCAACAGUAUUUUCAACUGAUUAUUUAAAUUUUAGUUUUGGGAAUAAUCAAAAGCUUGUUGAUUCCUCAGCUUUACCCUUAAAAAAACAGGGAUCUGAUAUUAGUAUUCCUUUGAAAUCAGCAAAUAAUUUACCUGUUAUGCCUGAAUUGAAAAGUGUUAUAAAAGAAAUAUGUGAUAAUUUAAAUGUUGAAAAUCUUGAUAAGCACAAAAAUACUGAUUAUAAAGAACAGUUUCAUAUUUUAAAUACUGAAAAUGUUAAAAAAUGCAAAGAGGGUGAUUGUACCAAUAAACAACUUCAUAAUGGUUCUGAAUUCAAAGCCACAACAAUUUUGGAAAGUAAAACUUCUGGCAAAGGCAGCAAUUGGGUACAUUCCUUGAAAUGGACAGAGGCAUGUGAGAAAAAUGAAAGUACUGAUUGCAGUGAUCAAGCUGGAAAGAAAAUUUUAAAGAAUCUCGUGCAGGGAGGUUUUGCGGAACAGUUGUUGAAACUACAGAGGCUAGAGCUGUCAGAUAAAGUUAUUUGGAAUCAUAAAUUUCAUAAAAGGAAAAAAGAUAUCUGCAAUAGUUUGAAUUUAAAGAUUACUGCAGUUUCAUAUUUUGGAGAUCUUGUUAUAACAAAAUGCAUAUUAUUGAAUUCACAUGCAUCUUUCUACAACAAUGCUAGAAAUAAAUUUGAUUUAAAUUGUGAAGACUCUGAAAUUGAGCAUUCGAACACCAUCAUUUCUGCCCCUGUUAACAAUGUAGAUAGCUCUUUCAAUGGAAAUGAACGAUCAUUGUAUCCAAAGAUAUUCUGUGUUCUUUUCAGAAGAAAUUUAUUUUGUAAACAGCAGUUGAAAGUAAGAGAAACCUUUCACCUAUUUGAACCUUGGCAUAUCAUCUCCCUAACUUCUGUGCCAUUUCCAGUCAUCCUGAAUACUUAUUUUAUUGAGUCAGAAAAAUUUCAGCCUGUGAAAGAUUUUGCGUGCCCUCAGUAUAAUGAACAUGAAAUACCUGACAUUUUAAAGACUUUACAGCACAGCCGUGUGUCUGCUACUCAGAAAAAAAUUCCUAGCUUGGAUGAGCAAAUGUUGUUUUUUUCACGAUGGAACUACGUAACAUUGACUGCUCGAGUUCAGAGGAUAUGGGAAAACAAAAUUUCAUCUAGAGGAAGAGAAAAUUGUAUCAGUUUAGAAGAUAAUACUAGUUUCUCAAUGCUGUUGCAGACUCAAGAUGGAAUAUUCUGUGAAUUAUGUAUAAAAUCAAAUUUUUUAUACUUACAAACCUUAUGGUCUGAAAUAAUUGAAAAUGGAGAAGGCAAAUGCUACAUAUUUCAUGAUCUGCUUGUGACUCAUAGAUAUCAUUGUAAAAAGUAUUUACAGUUAUUCCAAGUUAUCCAUGCACUCUCUCAGAAGCAAGCAGAGUAUGAACAUUUUCCUGUGCCUGUAAGAAAAUUUUGCUAUCAAUUUAUGCCCAGCACUGUAUCAAGUGUAACUACUUUAGAUGAAAUAAGUCAAGAAAAAUUUCCUGUGUAUAGUAAUUUUGACAUUCAACCUCUCAGUAUGUUUCAAAAGGUUGCUCAAUGUGAUCGUUUUACAUGCAUUGGUAAAGUUUUAUUGGAAUUUAAGAAUGAAUAUUACAUGACUGAUGAAUCUCUUAUAAAUAUGUCUUCAAAAUAUGUGAAAUUUAAGUUUGCACCAUUAUUUCAAAUUGAUGAAAGUGUUGUUGGUUCUAUUGUUUUACUUAAGGAAGCAGUGUUUGAUGAAGAUUGUCUUGAGAUUGAUAAAUAUUGCAAAUUUGUUAUUUUGGCAAAGUCAGCAGAAACAGCUGGUAGUGUAAAGUUACCAUCAGCUACCUUAAAAAGAAUAAAAGAAUUUGCUUGUGUUAAUUUACUGCAUGUGAUGUCUCCUCUACAUUUGCAUUCAAAUUUAUCAGAUCUGGUAAUUGUUGAAGGCAUAAUUACACAUGUGGAUGAAAAGGAAGCUAUGUCAUGGUUGGAGUGUAGUUUCUGCUUCAAAGAUAAUUUAUUACAGGAUGCAAAUUCCAUUAUUUAUUGUGAAGAUUGCUCACGUAUUGUUCCAAAACCUAUCCUAAAUGUGAAAAUGGAAGUGAUCAUUUGUGACCAAAAUGUGCCAUCUUCAGGUGUAAAGAUUCAGCUUUUGCCGUCAACAAUCAAAAGCAUUCUUCAGAUAAGUGAGGAUAUUUUUCAGCCUCAGUGCAGUGUUACUGAUGUAUUGGGUAAAAAGAUAGGACCCCUGUGUUGUUACAUGAGAACUUCUGAAGAAUCAGGUGAAAAGAAAAUAUUUCAUCUCACUGAAAUUCAAUCAGCUGUCAGCUAAAUGUUUUGUGCAGUAAAUAAUUGUAUAAAAUGUGUAAAUUUCAUAGCACUUUUUUUGUAAUAAAUCACCACUGUUAUG